GAAUGUGCGGAGUUCCUGUACCUGUACCUGCUGGACAGCUUGGGAUGCUGCUGUCCCCUCCGUGAGGUCCUCACCUGCACCUCCCGGGUGGGGUGCUCGGGACCAGGCCGGCGCAGGCAUGCCCAUGCUGUCUGAGGACUCUGGCCUGCAUGAGACCCUGGCGCUGCUCACGUCCCAGCUGAGACCUGACUCGAGCCACCGGGAGGAGAUGGGCUUCCUGCGGGACGUGUUCAGUGAGCGGAGCCUCAGCUACCUGAUGAAGAUACACGAGAAGCUGCGCUGCUACGAGCGGCAGAGCCCGACCCCGGUCCUGCACAGCGCCGUGGCCCUGGCCGAGGACGUGGCGGAGGAGCUGCAGGCUGCCUCUGCGCAUGGUGAUGAGAGGGAGCUGCUGCAGCUGCUGGCCACGCCCCACCUCAGGGCUGUGCUCAUGGUGCACGACACUGUGGCCCAGAAGAAUUUCGACCCCGUGUUGCCGCCUCUGCCCGACAACAUCGACGGGGAGUUUGAGGAGGAGUCAGUGAAAAUAGUGCGCUUGGUGAAGAAUAAGGAGCCCCUGGGAGCCACCAUCCGGCGGGAUGAGCACACUGGCGCUGUCGUGGUGGCCAGGAUCAUGCGAGGGGGUGCGGCCGACCGCAGCGGCCUGGUCCAUGUUGGGGAUGAGCUCCGCGAGGUAAACGGAGUCGCCGUCCUGCACAAGCGGCCAGACGAGAUCAGCCAGAUUCUGGCCCAGUCCCAGGGCUCCAUCACCCUCAAGAUCAUCCCGGCCACCCAGGAGGGGGACCGCUUCAAGGAGAGCAAGGUGUUCAUGCGGGCCCUGUUCCACUACGACCCCCGUGAGGACCGCGCCAUCCCCUGCCAGGAGGCGGGGCUGCCGUUCCAGCGCAGGCAGGUGCUGGAGGUGGUGAGCCAGGACGACCCUACCUGGUGGCAGGCCAAGCGUGUGGGCGACGCCAACCUCCGGGCCGGCCUCAUCCCCUCCAAGCAGUUCCAGGAGAGGCGACUCAGCUACUGGAGAGCGGUGGGUGCCCUGCCGAGCCCCCCGAGCCUCAGGAAGCCACCCUACGACCAGCCUUGUGACCCAGAGACCUGUGACUGUGACGGGCACCUCAAAGGCCACUAUGUGGCUGGUCUGAGGAGGAGCUUCCGGCUCGGCUGCCGUGAGAGGCCAGGCAGCUCGCAGGAUGGGAAGGCGCCUGUGGGCUCGGAGUCCCUGGAGUUGCCCACCUAUGAGGAGGUGGCCCGGUACCAGCCCCAGCCCGGCGAGCGGCCCCGCCUCGCAGUUCUGAUUGGGUCUCUGGGUGCCCGGCUGCAGGAGCUGAAGCAGAAGCUGGUGGCUGAGAACCCGCAGCGCUUUGGCGUCGCCGUGCCACACACCACCCGGCCGCGGCGGAGCCACGAGAAGGAGGGUGUGGAGUACCACUUCGUCUCCAGGCAGGCAUUCGAGACUGACGUGCAGCACAGCAGGUUCCUGGAGCACGGCGAGUACCAGGAGCACCUGUACGGGACCAGCCUGGGGGCCGUGCGCGCCGUCGCGGCCAGGAACAAAGUCUGCGUGGUGGAUGUGCAGCCUGAGGCUCUGAAACAGCUUCGGACCUCAGAGUUCAAGCCCUACGUUGUGUUUGUGAAGCCGGCGGUGCAGGAGAAGAGGAAGACGCCACCCCCGUUCCCAGCCUGUGAGGACGCAGCAGCCCUGCCUGACGAGGAGCAGCAGGACGUGGCCGCCUCCGCUGCCUACGUGGAGCAGUGCUACGGGCACCUGGUGGACGCCGUGCUGGUGCGGGAGGACCUGCCGGGCGCCUGCGCGCAGCUCCGGGCGCUGCUCGAGAGGCUGGGCACGGACGCACAGUGGGUGCCCAUCAGCUGGGUCAGGUAACUCUGUCCUGGGACAUCCUGCC